GGCAGCGCGCGCGAGGGGGGCGUGGCCAGGGCAGCGCGCGCCGGCCCCUCCCCCGCGCCCCCCCUCAGGUGACGCUGUCAGUGAUGUCAUCGCCACCCCGGUGACGUCAUUACCUCCCGGCUGACGUCAUGGCCGUGCCGGGGGCGUGGCCGGCGCGGGGGGCGGAGCCCUCGGACAGCAGCCCCGAGCCCCCCUCCCCCUCCAGCUCCCGGCCGCCCCUGUCCGACUCCAGCCCCUCCCCCACAGACACCACGCUCACCCCGCGGGGGCGGGGCCCGGGGGGCGGGGCCAGGACUCGCCCCGCCCCUCCUGCCCCGCCCGGGCUGGGCGGGGAGCGCCCCCUGGCGCUGUUCGAGGAGGAGCUGGCCACGCGGCCGCGGGUGCCGGCGCUGCUGCGCAGGAUCGCCCCGUACAGCGCCCUGAGCCCCGACAGCGACAGCGGCACCGCCCCGCGCCGCGCCCUGGGGACGCUGCUGGGGGUGGCGGCGCCGUCGCUGCAGUCGCUGCUGGGGCUGGUGCUGCUGCUGCGCCUGCCCUGGGUCGUGGGACACGGCGGCGUCCUGGGGACAGCGGCCAUCGGCGUCCUGCUGGGGGCCUGCAUGCUGCUGACCGCGGUGUCCCUGAGCGCCGUCGCCACCAACGGGCUGGACCCCGGGGGCGGGGCCCUGGCGCUGCUGUCGGGGGCGCUGGGCCCCGAGGCCGGGGGGGCCGUGGGCGUCUGCGGCUUCCUGAGCGCCGCCUUCGCCGCCGCCGCCGCCGCGCUGGGCGGGGCCGAGGUGCUGCUGGUGUACCUGAGCCCCGACUGGGCGGUGCUGCCGGGCCGUGGCCGCUGGGGCCGCCUCAACAACGGCCGUGGCUUCGGGGCGGGGCUGCUGGCGCUGCUGGGGGCGGGCUCGCUGGCCCCCCCCCGCGUGCGCGCGGCCGCCGCCCCCCUGGGCCCCGCGGGGCUACUGCUGGCCCUGCUGGCCCUGCAGGCGGGGUCCCUGCGCCGCGCCCUGCCCGGCGCCGCCGCCCACGCGCUGUGCCUCCCCCCCCGCCCCGGGGACCCCCUGCGGCCCUGCGCCCCCCCCGCACCCCCCAACGCCUCCCGCGGUCCUCCCGCCCACCAGGGGGCGCUGCCCGCCCUGCCCGGGCCCAGCGCGCGGCUGCUGGCGCGGAACCUGUGGCCCCGCCCCUCGGAGGCGGGGCUGGGGGCGGGGCCAGAGGAGGAGGGCGGGGCCGACGCCUCCUUCGGGGCCCUGCUGGGGCUGAGCCUCCCCUCGGCCUCCGGGGUGCUCUGGGGCUGCAGCCGCUGCUCCGAGCUCGGGGACGUCGCCCGCUCAGUCCCGGCCGGGAGCCUCGGGGCCGCCACGGCCACAGCCCUGGGCUACCUGAGCGCGGCGCUGCUGCUGGGGGCCGGCGUCGAGGGGCAGCUGCUGCGGGACAAGUUCGGGGUGUCCCUGGGCGGUGUCCCCGUGCUGGCCGCUGUCGCCUGGCCCUGGCCCUGGGUGCCGGUGCUGGGGGCGCUGCUGUCGGCGGCGGGGGCGGGGCUGCAGGCGCUGCUCGGGGGGUCCCGCCUGCUGCGGGGGCUGGCGCGGACACGGGCGCUGCCACUGCCGCACGCGCUGGCCCGGGGCCGGCUCUGGCCGCUGGUGGCGACGGCGGUGACCGCGGCGCUGGGGGUGCUGCUGGGCUCCCUGGACCUGCUGGCGCCGGUGCUGUCCGUGUUGUGCCUGACCUCGUACCUGGGGCUGAACUUGGCCUGUGCCCUGCAGGGGCUGCUGCCCACCCCCGGCUGGAGCCCCCGCUGCCCCCUCUACCACUGGGCGGUGUCCCUGGCCGGGGCCGCGCUGUGCCUGUCGCUGAUGUUGGUCACCUGCUGGCACUGCGCCCUCCUGGCCCUGGGCAUCGGCGCCACCGCCUACAAAUACCUGGAGUUCCGCAGCGCCCAGACCGAGUGGGGGGAGGGGCUGCGGGGGCUCUCCCUGAGCGCCGCCCGCUUCGCGCUGCUGCGGCUCGAGGAUGGACGGCCCCCUCCCCCCAGCCUCAGGCCGCAGCUCCUGAUCCUGUCCAAGCCGUGGGACCCCCCCGCGCCCCCCCCCCGGCCGGAGCUGCUCUCUUUGGCCGCGCAGCUGCAGGGGGGGGGGCCGCGGCCUCACCGUGCUGGGGGCGGUGCUGGGGGGGGCCCUGCCCGCGGACCUGCCCCGGGCCCGGGGGGCCGAGAGGGCGCUGCGGGCGGCGCUGGCCGCUGCCGGGGCCCGCGGGUUCGUGCAGGUCCUGGUGACCCCCGAGCCGGGCCCGGGGCUGGCGGCGCUGGUGCAGGGGGUGGGGCUGGGGGCGCUGCGCCCCAACACCGUCCUGCUCGGGUGGCCCCGGAGCUGGCGACAACAGCCGGACCCCGCGGCGGCCGCGCGGAGCUUCGUGGAGCUGCUGCGGGCGGCGGGGGCCGGGGGCCGGGCCCUGCUCGUGUCCAAGGGCGCGGCGGAGCCGGGGGGGUCCCCGGGGCGCUCCCCGGGGGGGUCCCCGGGGGGGUCUCUGGACGUUUGGUGGGUGGUGGGCACCGGGCGGCUCCUGACGCUGCUGCCGCUGCUGCUGCGACAGCACCCGGCGUGGCGCGGGUGCCGCCUGCGCCUGUUCACGGUGGCGCUGCUGGAGGACAACAGCGAGCGGCUGCGGCGGCUGCUCGAGGCUGUGGCGCGGCGCAGGGCCCUGCCCGCACAGGUGCACGUGGUGGAGCUGCACGACGGGGACGUCUCUGACUACACGUACGAGCGGACGCUGAUGAUGGAGCAGCGCUCGCAGAUGCUGCGGCAGCUGCGCCGGGCUCAGGUGACGUCAUUGCCCCGCCCGUGACGUCA